CAAACUCCCUCUCUCCCACUGCAUCUUCAAAACACACGCAGUGUUUGUGAAACUCAGACCUUGUGUUGGAUUCCAAGAAUUCUGUGCCAUGGCAUCACCAACACCCCUUUUGAAAGAUGAACUUGACAUCGUGAUCCCCACCAUCAGGAACCUCGAUUUCUUGGAGAUGUGGAGACCCUUCUUUCAGCCUUACCAUCUCAUCAUUGUGCAAGAUGGUGACCCUUCGAAGACCAUCAAGGUCCCUGAAGGCUUUGACUAUGAACUCUACAACCGCAAUGACAUCAACAGGAUUCUUGGUCCCAAGGCCAGUUGCAUCUCCUUCAAGGACUCUGCAUGCCGUUGCUUUGGCUACAUGGUCUCCAAGAAGAAGUACAUCUACACCAUUGAUGAUGAUUGCUUCGUUGCCAAUGAUCCAUCUGGGCACAAGAUUAAUGCACUAGAGCAGCAUAUAAAAAAUCUUCUCUGCCCAUCCACACCCUACUUCUUCAACACCCUCUAUGAACCUUACCGAGAAGGUGCAGAUUUUGUUCGUGGUUACCCCUUUAGUCUCCGCGAAGGUGUACCAACUGCAGUUUCUCAUGGUCUUUGGCUCAACAUCCCAGACUAUGAUGCUCCCACUCAGCUUGUGAAGCCUCUUGAGAGGAACACCAGGUAUGUAGAUGCUAUUUUGACCAUACCAAAGGGAACUUUGUUUCCCAUGUGUGGAAUGAACUUGGCCUUUGAUCGUGAUCUCAUCGGAGCAGCAAUGUACUUUGGUCUCAUGGGUGACGGUCAGCCUAUUGGACGCUACGACGACAUGUGGGCUGGUUGGUGCUGCAAGGUAAUAUGUGAUCACUUGGGAUUGGGAAUCAAGACCGGUCUACCUUAUAUCUUUCACAGCAAGGCCAGCAACCCUUUUGUAAACCUGAGGAAAGAGUACAAAGGCAUAUUCUGGCAAGAAGACAUUAUCCCCUUCUUCCAGAGCAUUAUUCUUCCAAAAGAAGCUACCACUGUUCAGAAGUGCUACGUUGAGCUAGCCAAGCAAGUCAAGGAAAAGCUUUCCAAGGUAGAUCCUUACUUUGACAAGUUGGCCGAUGCCAUGGUCACUUGGAUUGAAGCUUGGGACGAGCUUAACCCUGCUGGAGCAUCUGGCAAACCAAAAGCAUGAAUCAGUUUUGGUUAACUGCAUAACAGCCACACAACUUGGAAGUGAACCUAUUUAUAUACUGCAUUAUUUUUCCUAGUAUUUAUUUUCAACAUAGAUGUUAUUCUCGGCUUAAAUUUGCAGCAUUGUUAGCUGUAAUUCUGUUUUGUUACGUCAUGAUUCGAGCUUAGAAACAAUAAGUACACGUCAUAGGGCGAUGCUUUCUUUUAUAAUUGUAUGAUGGUAGAGAUCACAUGGAAGCAUUGCGUUUCAUGUGAAACAAUAGGACAGAUUUGAUGUAUGUCUUGCUUAUUACUUUGAGUAUAGAUCCAUAGUGAUCAAAUAUUUAACUGAUGUGUUCAGAA